UGUGGGACUCCGAUAUCUGUGACGCGUCGUAGAUUCAUUUGCGUGCACCCUGUGGGAACGGUGUGUAUCCACGAUAUGCGAUGCAUCGUGAGGCAGCUCUUGUUCUCGUCCUCUUCGCUCUGAAGAUCUCGCAGCUCACAUCUGGGCUACGCGGUCCUGGAGGGUGCGAGAGCUUGGUGCGUGCCCUGGGUCCCGAUGCACGGUCGUUGCGGCCAUACCUGCAGAGGCAUCUGUCCGUGCCCGGGGUGGCCAUGCGCGCGGACCUGUUCGAGUGCCUGCUCGACGAGCUGCCCCGGUGGCCGGCCGCGCAGUUGGGCGCAGACCUGGGACGCAUCGCGCAGCUCGCCGAGAGGGCCACGCCCGCGGACGGGCCGGCCCAGGCCCAGAUGCUGCGGCUGCUGUGGUCGGCACCGGCGCAGAGGCUUCCCGGGGACGUGGCCCGGCGCGCCAGGGCCGCGGGACGCGCGCUGCUGGGCCGCGCCACCUUGCCGGAGCCUGUGGUGCGCCGCUACGAGGCCCUGUUCGAGGACGGCCGCCGGUCGGCCGAAGCCCGCGACGUGGCGCGCUUGCUGGCUGAGCACGCGUUCGACUGUCGCCACGCGCCGCCCGGGGAACCGGAACUGGACCGGCUGCCGGCCACGUCGGCCCGCCAUGCGCUCGCCAUCCUGAGUCACUUCGCGCGGUCGCGCUCGUGCGCCGGCUCGACGCUGAUGCCAUUGCCCGACGAGGCGUCGGCCGGCCAGCUUGUGUGGCAGGCGGCGACCCUCUUCGACCACGGCUACCCAAAGUCGCUGGGCUUGCAGGAGUCUGAAGCAGCCGACUACUCGCGGGCGCGCACGCUCGAGAAGGAGCGCGCAUACAACGACAUGCUACGCUUCGUGCGCGAAUCGAUGAGAAACGCCAGCCUCUCCUCGCUGUCCCUCGAGUUGCUGCUAAAGAUCGGCAUAGACGUGGCUAGCAACUGCCAACCGCCGGGCAGCACCGUGUCACUUAUCCGCGGCAUCGUCACCGAGCUCCAGCGCCGCGGAGGAAUCAGCCCGGAAAACAAUCGAGUGUUUAGCCACCUACUCACCUCAUUUCAGCGCCAGAAGAACUGCACCAAGGUCAGCAUUCGGGACCUAAUCAACGCACACGACUACCUCGUUCCUCAGCUACUGGAAGAUUUUCAAAAGAGCGUCCUUUUUGAGUCUCCAAGUGUCCGCGCCUACCUCGUGACGGAGCUGAGCAUUUACGCGAAAAUGGCACAUCAAAUCCCUGCCGAACGUCGGGUUGCUCUUCUCGGUGUCGCCACGGCUCUGCUUACAAUUAGUUGGCCACCUGGCAAAGUUCUUGACCUCCUUAUCGACAGUGCGUCGCUCCUCCAGUUCGGUAGCAUAAGUAGGCAGAUGGCCCGCAAAAUGAUACCAGCGUUGCUUCGCAUUCACACUAGGCCGUACUAUGAAUGGCUUUCGCCGAAGCGAAAGUCCUACCUAUAUUUGACGCUCUUGCGACUGAUUGAGCAGCUCGAUAAGAUGGAUGACAGUAUACUUGUGGCCAUUGAAACCGUCGUUGCCAGUCCAUGCGAAAAGCUUAACCUUGUCAGUGUUUUGUUCCGCAUGCUUGAGACUCCAACUGUUAGUAGUAAAGCAUUCUCUUACAUCGAAUGUCUCAUACUCUACUUGCUAAAAGUUCCCCGAUGGUUCAAGAUCGACUGGAGCGUUAUAAUCAUACCACCAGCACCAAAUGGCCCUUGUCAUCCGCGAACAUGGCACAGCACAACCGGUACGACGGAAUUUUUGGUAGAAACUACACCAAAAAUAACUUUUACAGAAACACCAUCGAGUGGCAUAGAAGAAGCAUCCACGCCAGGAAAAGAGCUGACCACCAGGAAGACAACAGCGUACGGCACAACCACCCCGAAAGAGUCGGCAACUACAGAAAUAGAAACGACUACGGAGACAUCGCCAGAAGUGUCAACAAGACCUUCGUUUGCCGAAACAACGUCAAAAGAAACUACAGUGACGCCUUGGUCCGGGAUAUCAACCUAUGAAACGACAGGUACCAGCACUAUGGAGACAGAACUUACUACCACCAUUGCCACAAGCACGCCAACCGGAUAUAUGGAAAUUACAGGUUCCACCACGGUAACACCAACAUCUAUGGAAACGUCGACUACAGCCUCGAACACAGUUCCCACCACAGAAAUGACCGCAACAACCACGCCGAGCACAUCAGAAACUCUUACAGGAACUCCAUUUUCGGAGACCACAUCCACCAUUACGGGUUCAGAAACAACGGCUACUAGCACUACAGAGCAAACAAUGUCGCAAACGCCGUCGACAGAAACAACAAGAUUAUCGACAAAUGAAACUCCAGAAUUCUCUACUUCAAUCGAAACAACCACUGCGACAGAAUUCUCAACGCUUACAACAACGUCAACAGAACGUACGGCCAUGACAACCGAGCUGUCUAGCGAAACUCCGACUAUGACACCUGCGAUCGAGACUACAACAUCUGGGUCGACAACUUAUACAUCGACACCUGCAGCAACCGAGUCGACAGAGACAACUUCUAUGGCUUUUACUACGACGGAAACACCCUCAGCAAGCCAGUCCACACUGACAACAUUCACAGUAUCCACAGCGACGACUGCAACAGAAUCCGCGACCACUACAUUUGAGACUCCGACGUCUACACCUUCGCUUGAAACAACCACAUCUACUGAAACCACCCUUGUUACUACUGGUACUCCUGCGGGGACUCCAUCAACUUGGGCAACAUCAACUGCAAUCACAACUGAAAGUGUAACAGGAACUCCUUCAGUGGGGACAACACCUGAAGAAUCGAGUACAACCUCAACGACCACUGAAACACCCACAGGCUCUUAUUCUACAGGAUCUACCACUGUAUGGACAUCAAACGAAACUCCCUCCGAAAGUUACUCAACAAGAACUACGAGUUCAAAUGAGACUCCAUCGGAAACUUUCUCGACUGCAACGACGACUUCUACGUCGACUGAGACCUCUUCGCAAUCGUACUCGACUGAAACGACUUCCACGUCGACGGAGAUUCCUUCAGAAAGUUAUUCAACAGUAACGACGACGUCGACAACGGAAACGCCCUCAGAAAGUUAUUCGACGAUGACGACGACUUCGACCUCGACGGAGACUCCCUCCGAAAGCUACUCGACAGCAACAACGACGUCGACAUCUACCACCACGCCCUCAGAGAUUUAUUCGACAGUAACAACGACAUCAGCAACAGAGACGCCAUCUGAAAAAUUUUCAACAACGACGAAGACUUUGACAUCGACGGAAACUCCCUCCGAAAGUUACUCGACUGUGACAACGACAUCGACAUCAACCGAGACUCCCUCCGAGAAUUACUCAACUGUGACAACGACAUCGACAUCAACCGAGACUCCCUCCGAGAGUUACUCAACUGUGACAACGACAUCGACAUCAACCGAGACUCCCUCGGAGAGUUACUCAACUGUGACAACGACAUCGACAUCAACCGAGACUCCCUCCGAGAGUUACUCAACUGUGACAACGACAUCGACGUCAACUGAGACUCCCUCCGAGAGUUAUUCAAAAGAAACUACGACUUCAACGGGGUCUACUACAGCGCUCAUUGAGUCGACGAGUGUUACGGUGUCCACAUAUGGCACCACAACCGAAACACCUGCAGGCACACCUUCAACUGAGACAACGACUACGAGUACAAUUGUCAAGACAUCAACCGAAACACCUACAGAAACUCCUUCGGUAGAGACCACAACGGUGGCGGAAUCUACUACGACUUUAACAUCGACCCAGACACCAACGGGAGGUUAUUCAUUAGAGACUACCAGUACUACGGGUCAAGAGACAAUCACGCCAGCAACAGAGACUUCAACCAGCGUGACGCACCCGCAACAGACUACAGUGCCACCGCGGCCAGACAAUAGGGAGAACGACACAACCACGCCGACUGGUUUCCGCAGCACCAUCGUAACUACGGACAACAUUCUAUCAAUGGGUACCACGAUCGUGACUCUACCUACUCCGACACCAGCUUAUAACCAGUUCACGGUCCCGCCGUUUCCCGAAAGUGCUACGGUAAAGUUCAACAUAGAGAAAAUAUCGCAUCAUAUAACCCACACAAAUGAGUCUACUGGUAACAUUCUAAAACUCAUAGAGACUAUAUCAAAUUGGUCGCACCCAAAAGAUAUCCCCAAUAUCAUCGAAGGAGCACACAACAUUACCGUUGGUCACCCUGAAAUUGAGCGAGCAGUGGAUGAGAGGCUUAUUCAAAUAAUUGUGGAAGCUUUGACUGCUGAGCAACUUCGAGGAAUAACUACCGACAGAACCGAACGCUUGGUAUUGGAACUCUACAGGAUACUUAAAACCGGGGUAAGAAUUGACUUGACCAUCCUAAGAAGUAUCCUCACGCUGAAGAUGACGGCUACACUUCGAGAAAAUAUCAUUUCAAGCCUGGUCAACAGAACAUACCAUGGGCCUACGGAAGAAGUUCACAAAGUGUUAGAGAUUCUACUGCCGUACCUAGCAGUGCAUCAUGUUUCCACGCUCACAACGAAGGAGUUCAUCCAUUUGUUGGUUCAGUACGUACAGACAACCAAUAGGAGUAGCAUUGAUGGCGAUCUGAGGCAUUUCUUGAUCGAAAUAUUGGAAGAAAUCACAAGAAAUCCCAAAGUGCCGGAAAAGCAAAAACAACGUCUGAUUGCUAUAUUGGAAAUGCUCUUGAAAGAAUUACCUGCACCCCGCACAAAUUUCAGUGCAAUUCAUAGGUACCUGCAAAAUCCAAAGGCUCCCCUACCAUACACACUUUUACUCUCGAUACAACCGAAUCCUCGUGGUACUGCACCCGGUUCUCCAGCCACAAUACAAGCGUUAGCGUCGGUCGUCAGAGAAUCCGCCGGAAACCCGGUAGUAGUCGGAAACGUAGUUUCCUUGCUUCUCAGGUUAAUAAGCACAAACAACGUUCCGAGAUUACAGAUAGGGCCACUGCUUACCAGCCUCAACAAAAUUGUUCAUCGAAGAGACCUCAUCGCGCCCCACUUGCGAAUGAUCGCUCUAACAGACUCUCUCAUUCUAUAUGGCAACGACGGCUUCCAAUAUUUGUCACCUACUGCGCGCUCUACUGUCCUGACGACCCUGGUUUCUUUGUUGAGCGGACGUGUAGACGAUUAUCUGGUUACACGUCUGCUCAGUUUCAAGCCGCCCAACCAUAAACCAGGACGGACGUUCGAAACCUUGCGCAAGGAUGUGGAUAGCGUGAAACCCAAUAGUCCUGUUGAAGGCUUAACGGCAGUAAAGCAGAUUCUGCUAGUUUUAGGGUCCAUUACUGCCAGCAAACCUUCUUCGCCUGCGAACUUGCAUGAUAUAGCUGUAAAGUUGAACUCCCAUCCUCCCGAAGAGCCAAAAUAUCCACGCUCUAUACAAUACAUAAUUGCCAGCCUACUUAAGAAGACUCCUGUGCAGCUGUCAGCAAUUCCAAAAAGCGCCAUGACACCUCUGUCGUACGUUCACUGGCCGACGUAUGAGUUACCACCUGACUUGGUUGACAACAUUGCAAAAGAAGUCGAAGAUCGUGAUUACAAAAUCACCCAUCUUACGAAAGAGCUGUCGCUUGACCUUGUGUCGCCUGCUCUCGAUCCUACCGUUCGAGGUAACUUACUGGUAGUAGCCAUGCGUCUGCUCACGACUGACCAGAUGACUGUCACUCUCGCUCAGCAAUUACUUCGCGCCAUUCACGCCGCAGUUACGCUGGUUCCCUCGUUGUGGCCAAGAAACAGCCUACUGCUCCUUCAGGACAUUCCAACAGCGAUAACAAGGCCAAUCAUCCGAUCUCUCCCACCUAUACAGACAGCGAUACUUCCUUCACUAUUGCACCACAUGAUAAACAGGGCUCAGUAUAUUCCAAAACCCAUCCUCGAUACACUAAUUAAGUUCGCGCCAAGCCAGGACUAUGCAGUGGAAAUAGUUACGGAUAUUAUCUCAGCGCUACUGAAACACAGCGACGUCAACGAGCAAGCUAACCUUAGCAUGAAACUUGUCAAAGUGUUAGAUGAGAGAGCUGGGACGAGUGCGUUGCCCAUUAAAGAAGUAGCCGACUUGCUGACACACUUUAGAAAUCGCCUCUCACGAUUGGUCAAGGGCACUUCCGAGUUGAAGCCAGUCAUCAAGUACAUAAACGAGGUGCUACGCAGACUCCAGAGCGAGCCUCUAAGCGCGUUGCGAAACCUCAAAAAGUACCUCAGGACACUGCCAGGUCCUGCGCCAGUCGAACUUGUGCGCAGCAUAUUUGAAGACUUCCCCAGCUGGACGCCGAACGACCUUCAGACGGUAGUUGGCCUGGUGCGGGAUGCGCUCAUUGCGGCCCGGAGUCGUGAACCUGAAGUGGUGGGCAGCGUCGCUGCAGUGGCCAUGCGUCUGCUCCGCCUCUACAACUAUACGGACGGCACCGAGAAGCGCCUCGUCGACGUCAUCGAUCGGGUGCCCGUGCGCGCCGACAUUAUCCCACAGCCACUCAAGCUCGUCCUAGUCAACGACAUCCUCUUUGUUCUCGCCACAAAGGUGACGCAAAAGUCCGAGAGCAACGUGAACGUGCAGACAUUGCUGCGGCUGCUGGACACGGUGCUGCGCGGCGGAGCCUUGCCUACGGGCACGGCGAGCGUCGAGGGCCACUUCAUCAAGGCUGUGGCCGCCUUCGUGGACAACAAGUUCGCGCUGCGCAAGGUGACGCGCGAGUUGCGUGUGCGCAUUGCCGACCUGCUGCGCCGGCUCGAUCUUCAGCAGUACAUCCCGCUCGAGAUCGUUGUCAAGAUCGACAAGCAACUUCGCAAGGAGAUGUGGACGGUGAUCCGCAAGGUGCACACGACAACCGAGGAGCGCUCGAUCACGCAGUUCCUGCAGUACCUCAGGACAGCAAACCGGGACGAGAUCGUGCGCAUGGACGAGGGCAGCAUGCGAAACUUGCCCAAAGUGAUGCUGCCGCUGCCGCCGCGCGCGCUUCGCAACGUCAUCGCCGGCGUAGAAGAUGUGUUGAAAUUCAACCACGAGAUCAUCCACCGCGACCUGGCCCGCCAGCUCCUCACGAUUGUACAGACGGCCAUCCGUAGCCCUAUGUUCCCGGCAACGUUGCUUCCCCGCAGCAAGAUCGUUAUGGACGCGCUCAAGCGAGACAUCCGGCACGAGAGCGCCAGGGGCGGUCUCUAUCCACCCGCCAUGUAAAGACUGCGCGUGGCUCAUUGGUGCUUGCCACACAAUAAAGAAAAAAGAGUGUGCCACAUCCGUGUGCUUCGAGAGUCUGCGAUGCGCGUGCCUGUUCGCCAGCAGACAAGGAAGGAUUUGGUGCAGCCAUGGUAAUGGACAAACUGUCAAACCGCGCUUCGGUUUCUGGAAGACGGGCAAACGAAAACGCGCUUCGGCCCAUCAACCGCUUGUGUUCUUGUCGCGUGACACAAAGAAAAAAAAAGAAAUGAAAGCUCCCUAAUCACCGAUAAGAAACGAUGAAAAAUAUUCUUGAAUCAAGGCAGAACUUUGGUCCUUUUCUUUCCUGGCUUUGCAGCCCAAAUUUAAAUGAGCUAUGAAGUGUGCACUAUAGCAUUCAGUAUCAUUGUAGUGGAUGAUCAUACGCUAUGGGUAUUUCAUCGUGAAUCUGUUUUUACGCGCCCAUUACUCGGCUGUUGCACAUGACGCACUACAGAAGCUGGCCACUAGUGCCUGGUCAUUCUUGUGCAAACUAAAUACGGACAGGCUUCUUUAUAUUUGCACUUAGCACUUACUAAAAACACGCCCGAAUUUCAUUUUUCAAGGGAGCGCCUGUUGCGUGUCUAGAGACCGUUGAUACUCGCACGGCGCGGAUCGAAGCAGCGCGAAUCAACAGUCAACUUGCAGUUUUAAAAAGAAAACGGUAACGGCAUAUUCAAGAUUGUACAAAAAGAGAAGAAUAAAGUAAAUGAAAGCAGGCCUA